AUGGCGAAGAAAGUACUUGUUCCCGUGGCCGAUGGCUCAGAAGACAUUGAGCUCUCCUGCAUCACCGACAUUUUGCGCCGAGCGGACUUUCAUGUGACAGUGUCUACGGUCAUGCACCACCAAACGGUCCAGCUUGCCAGGGGUCUGAAGCUAACCCCCGACUCGCACAUCAAGGACGAGUCAGCCGCUGCGUACGAUGGCGUGUUCCUGCCUGGUGGACUCCCAGGUGCUGAGCACUUUGCCAAGAGCCCACAUCUCAAGAAGAUAUUGGAGGAAAUGCACAAACAGGGGAAGUGGUAUGGUGCCAUCUGCGCCUCCCCCGCCCUUGUCCUUGGACCUAUGGGUUUGCUGGAGGGUGUGAAGACGGCCACCUGUUACCCCGCAAUGAAGGCAAAACUUCCCUCGUCUGUGGAGUGGACUUCAGCUCCUGUGGUUCGGUGUGGAAAGUGCUUAACAAGCAUGGGGCCGGGCACUGCCAUCGCAUUUGGACUUGCCAUUGUUGCCGCCCUUUCGACGAAGGAUCACGCUCAACAGCUGGCGAAGGACUUGCUUGUCGAUGGGACGCCGGCCGUGGAGCAAACACUUGGCCUAUUCUAA